CCCGUUUCCAAAUUUACUAGUCUCUUUCUUACACGCCUCCUUGCCCAUUACACGCAAUCUUAACACAUUGAACGCCGCGGGAAUUCUUAAGGAAAUUCCAUUCAGGCCACGCAAUAAAUAAUGGAAAGAAGUAUUUAAAUUCAUUAAUAAUACGAUCCUGCAAUAAAUAAAAAUUAAGUGAAUUUUGAAUAAUUUUUCAGUAAUUACUUAUAACAAUGUAAAUUUUUUAGUUGUACAUCAUAUUUUACAUUUCCAGUCACCGGUGGUUGAUGCAUUCAAAACGGAAAGUUCAAUGUCAGUUACCAGUGGCUGACGUGGCGCUCAACGUGUUAAUUGUCACGGUCAAGGAAUAUGUAUUUACCUAGAAGUUUUAACAAGAAUACAAGAUAAGGCACAACAGUACUUUACAAUAAAAGAAGAAAAUAAAAGCGACAUCUGGUGUGAUAACAGAAAGAUAGGUAAAAACGAUAGCAUUGUUACCGGCCAAGAUUGAAUCACGCGAAUACAGAAGAAAGAAGAAAAUAUUGAAUAUUACAUGAAGAGAAGAUAAACGAGAAGGUAAUAAAUAAAUAAUAAUAUACAUACACCGAUCUAUUUAUCUGAAUUAUCUACAAGAUCCAAUAGUAAAGAUAUGGAAGUAAAAGAAAAUGAAAGGCAGUUGGGAACAUUUCAACAACGUGGGAAGAAAAGAAAGAUUUCAACAGAGGAGACUGAAGAUGGAGAGACAGAAAAAAGAAAGGACAAUGAAGAAGAGAGAAGAAUUAAAAUAUGCUUCUUGGACGCAACUGGGAUUAACAAGGACGACAAAUUUUGGGACUACAUAGACGAGUUUGACAUCGUAGGAAUAGU